GCCCCAAGAGAACAGAGUUAGCAAUUUAGCAUUUCUCUCUUUCUCAAGCGUAAAAGAGUAGAAUAAGUGCCAUUUAAUCGCUUCAAGACAAUAUUCUUCGUUUAGCGUUCUAUAUGCAUUCCGUGUGAAAGUAUACCUUCUCCAAACGUACGUUCUAUCUCUAUUUUCUACAAAUUUUACGGACGUUCAUCUAGUCUUUGUUACAUUUUAUGGUAACUUCAAUUGAAAAUGGAAGACGCGUAUAUUUCAUAAAUAAAGGAAGUUCACGCAAGACAUCGAGAAAUUUGACAUUCUUUGAUAAGAAUUUUAUGAGGUUCCUGUAGCACGAAAUGGACGAGAAGCAAACAGAAAAUCCAACCUCCAUAGAUAAUUUAGACAAUACUAAUGUACCUGUGAUAACAGCUGAUUUAGAGAUGCUCAGUAUAGACAUUAACUCUCCACCUACAGAAACCAAGAGAGUUCUUAGAAAAAGGAUGCCUAAGUCUGUUAUAGAAACAGAUUCUACAGAAAUCCUUAAUCGAAGGUGUAGCCUGAGACCAAAAAAAAGAAGGAUCUACGAGGUGGAGACAGAGGAAGAAAUUGUCAAAGAAUAUUAUUUAAACAAAAAGGUAAAAAAGAAAUCAAAUAACCUUGAAACAAUAUUUGAAGAAACCCAAAAUUCAGAAGACGAUACUGCAAUACGUAUGAGUGCAAAGAGAUUUAAGAGAAUGUUGAUGUUUGCUCCUACAGCUUCUAAGCUGAAAAAAAGACAUGCAAAGAUACAAAGAGUCUUUGGAUCUAAGGUUAGAUAUAAGAGAUGUGGUUCGAUGCAGGCUCUUAUAGAUAAAUUAAAUACCAUUAGAGAGAAUUCACCAAUAAAAAUUGACAGUGAACUCAAAUGAUACUAGAUUCCUUGAUGACAUUUAAAUGCCAUUCUUUUUUUUUUUAAGAACUGAAGAAUA